AUGGCCCUGGCGCUGUGUCCGCGACACGCCGCAGCCGGCGUGGUGGGCGCAGUGCUGCUCAGGCACGCCGACCUGGUGUAUCAGACCUUCCUGCAGCAGGCCGGGCUCUGGCAGGGUGCGGGCCACGCAGGUGCCGAGGCGGCCGCCCAGGCCGCCUACUCAGCCGCGGACGCGGCCAGCCUGGCCGCCGCGGCGGCGGCAGCGGCGGGCGAGGCCCUGACCAACUGGAGCGGGCCGCUGGAGGGCGUGAGCUGCCCACAGGCGCCAGCCUGCACCUGCUCGUGCCCGCAGGUGCCGGAGUGUCCACCCGAGGCGGACGGUGACGUGAAGGAGGGCUUGUGGCACCUGGCGGGAGGCGCGGUGGGCCACAUCGUCCUGGUGCUGGGAGCUCCCCUGCGGGAGUCGCGCCCGACGGCCUCGGCUCCCCCGGGCGUGCCGCGCUGGCAGGGCCUGGCCGCCCUGCUCCUGGAGACAGGGCACGCCGCCGUGGAGGAGGAGUUCUGCAAUGAACUCCUCGUGGGGAGCUAUGUGGCCGUGUUCUACACGGAAGAUGAUGUGUGGCAUGAGCGUCAAAUUUUGUUCCAGGUCGACGCCCAGCACUGGGUGGUGUACACCCCCGACGGCGACAUGUACAUAGAGAAUGUGAUGGCGGGGGAUCCCGACUCGGGUCCGUGCCGCGCGGCCGUCCUGCCUGCUGACGGCACCCUCCCGUUCUUCCUCAGGGGCAAGACCUACCGGUUCCGUGACUUCCCGGACGAGCAGCGGCUCCUCGACCUGAUCAAUGAGGGGUACCAGCUCGCCGUGUCCGAGGGCGGCGAGGUCGUGGGCCCGACGGCGUACACCGACGCCAUGGGGCAGAGGCAGCCGUUGGAGUUGCACGAGGGCAUCUACCGGCGUGUGCGCGGGCGCCCGCUACCAGCUCUGCCACCGCUUCUUGAGCCCCCAGAGGGCGGAGACCUCCUCGUAGGGGGCACCCGCACUCCCGAGGUCCUCGACGCGGAUGUGGAGCUGGUGAACGAUGGAGGCCGCUGGGUGUCCCUCGUCACGAUCGGUUCCGUGCGCCGUGGCGACCCUGUGGAGCUCGGGACGGGAGACAAGGUGCUGGGCGAGCUGGCGCUCCACCGCAUGCCAGAUGGUGAGGUGAUCGCCGCGUGUCGUCCCGACUACCUGAGCAAAGUCGUGGAUGGAGGUUCGGCUGCCGACGGCGGCGACGCUCGAGUGCUCGCCCCCGUCUCCUAUGACCCAGGCGGGCGACGCUGGUGUGACUUUGCGAACGCUGUCAGCAAGAUGAGCACAGAGCCGAUGGAGGACUUCCCGCUGGAGGGCGAGAGGUCGGCGCUGUGGCUCUUCAAGUACGUUCGUGAUCACGGCGGCACGUUCGACGCCCGCCAGACCAAGUGGGCCACGGAGCAGAAGAUCGCCAUCGACUCCACCGCCUACCUUAUCCACGAUCUCGUGGGUCUGGCGCUGGAUCUCUCUGUGUGCUAUGACCAGUGCGAUGGCGGCAACCUGGCCAGUGUCGAGGUGUUGGCGCGGCUGUACCAGCUGGUGGAGGAGACCAACGGGACCCUCCAGCUGGAGGGCCUGGAGCACUACGUGGGCCGCGACCCCACAGGCGGCCUACGCCGCGGGGUCGCGCUCAACCCUGGGCUCGCGCACUAUGCGACCGACAAGAAGAGCAAGGAGACGGAGGUGAUGAAGCAGCGCCGCAAGGCUCGCGAGGAGUCGGCGGCGGCCAAGAAGGCCUCCAAGGGUGGCGGCAAGAAGGAUCAGGAGCACCCCUGA